AUGGAAGAUCUUGCUGAAGCCUUCCCAAUGCUUUCCGAAGCCCGAGCAUCCAUAGCGCAGGGGGAGUUUGAACAUGGGAUUGAGAUAUACAGUGAAAUUCUUGAUGAUAUGAAUCCCGACGAUGAGAAGAUUCCUUAUCUUUAUAUUGAGUAUGCAGAUGCUCUCAUCAAGAGUUCAGACAUGUUUUUUAUCGAGGAGAUAUCGAAGAUCAGUGGAAGGAAGGGAUUAAACCUUGAGGAGAGGAAGGGGGCAGAGGAUGAUCUAGAGAUUGCAUGGAACUUGUUGGAGAUAUGUAAGAAUGCAUUCAGCAUAUUGAAGGAUUACUCUAUGCUAGCAAGAACAAGGUUUCUGCAGGGAGAGAUCUGUUUAUUGAACAAUAACUUCCGGGACGGAUUGCAUGAAUUUAUUGAGUGUGUUGCAGUGAUGGACAAGAUAUAUGAGAAGGACUGUUUUAGGUAUGCUGAUGUUUAUCAAUCUCUUGCAAAUUGCUAUGAGUUCCUGGAAGACUUUGAAAAAAGUAGGGAGUAUUAUGAAAAGGCAAUAGGAAUAUACAAGGCUGAGCAAGAAAGAAAAGAGUCUGAAGAAGAGAAAAAUGAGAUUUGCGAUGUGAUAACAGAGCUCCUUCAGAAGACUACGGAGUUGAAAUACAAGAAAGAAAAGCUUGAGAACACCGACCUACCCGACGAUCCUGAGUCUGAUGACGUGUUCAUUGAUAUAAAUGCUUGUAAACGUAAUAAAAAAUAA